GAGCCCAUUGUUCCACAUCCCCAAGGACCAAAACACUUCCCUCAACCUUACCCAUUUCCUUUCCUACCACCCACUGACGCCAAUUCAACCAUGUCGAAUGAAUCGCAACCCAUGUUCCAUGAGGAGCUUGUUGCAUCCAACUCCGCCUUAAAGGCCCAAGGAGAGUACUUGGCCAAGGAGGUAGCUAAGCUCACCAAGAUAAAGCUCAACGCCCUUCAAGGUAGUGAUCAUGAGGAUGAUGCAAGCACCAGCAGCACCAACAAGGCCAAAACUAAUGACGGGUCUGACUUCAAAGUUGAUGUCCCAACUUUUGAGGGAAAGAACGAACCGGACGAGUUUCUAGAAUGGCUAGAGACGGUGGAGCGCGUUUUCGAUUUCAAAGAAGUCUCCGAUGAGAAGAAGGUCAAGAUAGUGGCCUUGAAGUUCCGCAAGUAUGCAUCUACUUGGUGGACUAACACGUGCACCAAAAGGAGAAGAAACCACAAGGAGCCGGUGGCUAUGUGGGCCAAAAUGAAGUCUCUCUUAAAGAAGAAGUUCUUGCCCGCUGAAUAUGUUCAUGAGAAUUUUGCCAAGCUUCAAACGCUUAAGCAAGGUUCUAAAUCGGUUGAAGAAUACACCCGUGAGUUCGAGGAACUCUUGCUAAGGUGUGACUUGCAAGAAGAUGAUGAGCAAACCUUUGUACGAUACCUAUUCAGCUUAAACCUACAAAUAGCCAAUACGGUAGAGCUACAAAGCUAUGAGUCCCUGGAAGAGCUUACCAAAUUAGCCCUUAAGGAGCUGUACAAGGAAGAUGAAGACUUCAAGGACACUUAUUCUAAGUGCCUCAUUCGGCCAUAUGGAGAUUUUCUUGUCAAAGACGGUUAUCUCUUCCGUGGUAACCAACUGUGCGUCUCGAAAAGCAGUCGGGAUGUCCACUUUGAAAUCAGACCCGUCAUUAGUUUUGGCCUUGGUGGUGCUACUGGUGCUAGCAUCAUCCUCAUGAUCACUUCCUUGAAGGGUGCUGAGCUUUAUCUUGGUGAGCUUAGCUACCUCCUUGGCCAAGGAAAUUAUGGCUAUGUGGCGGGUUUUAGGAUUGAUAUGCUCGGUCCAAAAGGGAUCAUAACAUUUAGCCAUUAUUCCAUUAAUUGGCUUAACGACUUUAGAGUCGUUGGUAGAAGCCCGGGGUACAUCAACUACAAAAAGGGCAGGGACCAGCGAGACGGACGACCUCAAGGGAAAGACCAGUACAAGGAUAGAACAUACGAAGAAAGGAAGCCCUACCCAUUUUUCCCUCCUCGUGGUCCGAAACUCAUGGAGCCGGAGGAGUACACACCUUUGACGCAUUCCGUCAACACAGUCUUCGAUUAUGCUAAGCACCAGGGUCUUGUGGAGUAUGACCCAAGUUUUUCUCCACUCUAUGCUUUGGACAACAGCCCCUAUUGCAGGUUUCACAAGGCGGCCAAUCACGACACCGAUGAAUUCAACGUUCUCAAGAGGGAGAUCGAGAACCUAAUCCGGGCAGGGAAUCUGAGCCAAUUCGUCAAGAACAGGAAUACUUGGCGAAAGGACGUUAAAAGUGAAAGGAACUUCUUCUUCAACAAGCUCCUCAUCUUGAGCCAAGUCUUCACAGGGGCCUUAUUCUCUCGCCUUCUUUUGGUGGAUAGGUUGGACCACCAAGUGGAGGCAUACUUCCGAAACUUCAAUGCCACGAUCUUGACCUUUUUUUCUUCGGGCACAUCUUUGAAGUCAAAGACGCGCUCAACAGUUUCCAGCCACUCUAGAAAGUCAUCCGGAUCGUUCUUCCCUUCAAAGGUUGGGAUAUGGGUUGUUUGGUGGGGUUUUGGGCUGUUCCUGAGUUGCAAGAAUUGUUGGGGGGAAGGAGGGAUGAAUGUGGCGAGGGCUGAGGUUGAGGGCCAAGGAGUGGGGAGGUACAAUAAGAAGGCGGUAGAGUUACCACAGAAGAGGAAGGAGAUCAGCCUUCCGAGUGAUGAGGAAGAGAAGGUUCCAUACAAGCAGAAGAGGGUUGAGGAGAACCUGAUGAUAUACGGUGGCAACAUUGGAGGUGACUCUGCAGAGCAGAAAAAGAAGUGGGUACACUUGGCCUGCACGGGCGAUGUUAGCAGCGCACCUAGAUCAUCCAAAAUGGUAAGGUUGGGGCCAGUUCUCUUCGGUCCCAAGGGCGCACCAGAAAUCCCUUCCCCUCAUAGAGACGCUCUGGUUGUUAAGUGUGAAAUCAACGAUGUAGUGAUCCAUCCUUCUUAUGUUGACAACGGAAGCUCUAUCAAAUCAUGUGAUAUCAUCGAUGUGGAAGGUUUGAUCAAGGUGAUGCUCACUAUCGGGGAUGGAGAGCACAAGAGGACGAUCCUUGUUGAGUUCAUGGUGGUCCAUCUGAUCGUGUCCCACAACCUCAUCAUCGGUUAACCAGCCUUAGAGGAUCUGGACUCAAUCACCUCUCUUAAGAACCUCUACAUGAAAUUCCCAACAGACACGGGAGUUAUGGUGUGUAAGGGACACCAGAAGCUAGCCAGACUCAACUACCAAAAGCAGACGAAGAAGAUGGAAGCCUAGGAUCUACAUAUCGACAACAUCACUACGGCCCUUGAUAUAUCCUUGGGUACUACAAGUGAUCAUCAAAUCCUUAAACAAAUCAGUGGAAUCAUG